CGUUAAAAUAUCGGCGUCGUAGUAAACAAAACAUAACCUCAAAGUAGUUUUUGUUAUUAAUUAAAUUAUACACUAACGGAGAUUUAUUUAGUAAAAUAUAACUAAUUGCAUUUAUGCGAAUAAGCCAGAGAAAUGACAUGGCUAUAUUUAGCAUUGUUAUAUUUUGUGACUUCGUCGAAAACUGGAGCCGAAGAAAACUUUUGUACCAAGGAAGGCGAAUGUAACAAAGGGAUGUACAGUAAAGAAAUCAAUGACUGGAGUACAAAAGUAAAUCAACAAAUUAAAUCAGCCUUAGCAAAAUACACCCCUUGUGAGAAGAAACAUUGUUCUUGUCACAGUGCAGUUAUUGAGCAAGACCUUCAGCCUUUUAGUGAUGGUAUCACAAAGGAACAAUUUGCCAUAGCUGUUGCGAAAGGCACCAAGUACCAGAUAAUAGAUGGCAAGCUGUACAGACAAAAAGACUGCCACUUCCCAGCAAGAUGUGCAGGCGUCGAGCAUUACUUAUCAGCUUUAGCACCUAAAAUGCCAAACUUGGAAAUUGCUUUGAACACCAGAGAUUGGCCACAGGUCAACCACUUGUGGGGACAUCCGAAGGCACCAGUUUUCUCCUUCAGUAAGACAAAGGACUACUAUGACAUUAUGUAUCCCACUUGGAGUUUCUGGGAAGGUGGUCCUGCCAUAUCGCUAUACCCAACUGGAAUAGGCCGUUGGGAUAAGCAUAGAAUCUCAAUUUCUGCAACUGCAGCUAAUAAGUGGCCAUGGGAUUUAAAGCUAGACAAAGCUUUUUUCCGUGGUUCCAGAACCAGUGAAGAGAGAGAUGCCCUUGUAUUACUUUCUCGUUCGAAGCCAGAGCUUGUUGAUGCUCAAUAUACCAAAAAUCAGGCUUGGAAAUCUGAAGCAGAUACUCUCUAUGCUGAGCCAGCUUCAGAAGUGUCAUUUGAAGAACAUUGCAGAUACAAGUACCUCUUCAAUUAUAGAGGAGUAGCUGCAAGUUUCCGCUUUAAACAUCUGUUCUUAUGUAAAUCUUUAGUGUUCCAUGUGGGUGAAGACUGGCUAGAAUUUUUCUAUCCAUCCCUCAAGCCCUGGGUGCAUUAUGUACCUAUUUCUCCAAAUGCAUCACAACUAGAAAUAGAAAGAUACAUAAACUUUUUCAAAGAAAAUGAUUCUUUGGCUAGAGAUAUUGCUGAAAGAGGAUUUGAACAUAUUUGGGAGCAUUUAACUGACAAAGAUGUACAAUGUUACUGGAGAAAGUUACUAAAGAAAUAUUCUAAAUUAGUGAAAUAUGAUGUAGUCAAAGAUAGUAAUUUAAAAAGAAUAAAUGCAUAUCAUGACGAUUUAUAAUUAAAUACAAGUAAUAUUUUUAAAAAGGUGUUUUACUGAACAAUGAAACAACUUGUUGGGAGUAGGUAGUAUAUUAAAUUUAAUGUCUACAGUAAAGCUGAUGAAAUCUAUUUCUACCAUUUAUAGUAAAACUAAUGACAAGUCAAACAA